AUGCGGACAUCCCGGGACUACUUUUUGUUAGCCAUAAUGGCCCUCUCCCAGACACACUUAGUAUCUGCAGAGCGGGUCCUGGGCGCGUACAUAUUCGCCCGUCACGGAGACCGCACCCCCAAGAUAAUGGGCAACACCCAGCUUACAGAUCUGGGAUACAACGAAGUCUUCAACACUGGCAGCUACUACCACAGCCGCUACAUCAACUCCAGCUCAGUCCUCCGUAUCGAAGGAAUCAGUGAGGAAAUCGUCAACCUCAAGCAGCUCACCGCGUCCGCACCAUCAGAUACAGUGCUUCAGAAUUCCGCAACCGGUUUCCUCCAGGGAAUAUACCCGCCGGUUGGCUCACUAGCAAGCCAGACCUUAGCCAACGGGACCUCAAUCCAGGCUCCCUUGAACGGCUACCAACUAGUCCCCCUAUCGCUCACCUCAACCGGCACAAACAGCGAAGACAACACAUGGCUCCAGGACACAACCAAGUGCCAAAAUGCAAGAGUCAGUAGUAAUGACUACUACAGCUCCACGCUAUACAAAGACCUCCUCUCCUCAACUAAAGACUUCUAUCAAUCUCUCUCGCCAGCCCUCAAAAACGAAUUUGCCCCCUCAGAAAUAAAUUUCAAAAACGCCUACCCAAUCUUCGACUACAUCAACGUCGCAAGGAUCCACAACACCAGCACUACAGAUAUGCCCACAGACUCCCAAUUCCGCCAACUGCUCACCCUAGCCAACAUCGAGCAGUACAAUCUAGCCUACAACUCCACCUCACCCGUCCGCGCCAUAGCAGGCGCCCAACUAGCCGGGGAAAUCCUCGACGCUCUGAAUCAGACAAUCACAAGUCAGGGUAAAACAAAACUAAGCAUCCAAUUCGGAUCCUACGGGACCUUCCUCUCGUACUUUGGCCUCGCCCAGUUACCCAAGGAUAACCCAGAGUUCACGGGUAUCCCGGAUUAUGCCUCAUCCAUGGCAUGGGAGCUCAUCACUAAGUCUGAUUCUACAAGCGGGUUCCCUGAUCCGGCUGAUAUAUCCGUGCGGUUUAUCUUCCAUAAUGGAACUAUUACCGGGUCUUCUCAGCCGAGCGAGUAUCCCCUGUAUGGACAGAAAAGCGUUACUAUCCCGUGGACGGAGUUUGUGAAGAGUACGAAGGAUAUUGCGGUUAUGGAUACCACGGAGUGGUGUAGUAUUUGUGGGAAUACGGAUGGGAAGUGUGCGGAUACGGGGUCCGGGUCUUCUUCUGCUACCACUGAGUCGACGGAGGGGAAGCAUGGUGAAAUUUCUAGGGCUGUGGCUGGGGUUAUUGGGGCUAUGGUUACCCUGGCUGUUGUUUUGGGGUUGGAGGGUGCUUUCUUCUUGGUGGGUGGGUUUACGGUUGUUGCGAAGAGGAGGGUUGGGGGUGGGAGUAUUGCGUCGGGUGGGUCGGAGACGAAGUUUGUCGAGCAUGCUUGA